AUGUUGAAUAAAAGUGGUGAUAGAGGAUCGCCUUGGCGCCAAACGACGGCCAGCUCCUUCACCCUGGGCUUCUUCUCUCCCGGCGUGUCCACCAAGAGGUACCUCGGCAUAUGGUUCUCGGUGUCAAACGACACCGUUUACUGGGUAGCCAACCGCGACAAACCUCUCGUCGACAGGUCCGGCAUGUUGGUGUUCAACGACGCCGGCAGCCUCGUCCUGCUCGACGGCUCCCGCCGGCCGGUUUGGUCUUCUGAAAUGUCCGGUGGUGCUUCCGCCGUUGCAGCUCAGCUUCUGGAGUCGGGCAACCUUGUCGUGCGCAACGGCAGCAGCGACGCCUACCUGUGGCAAUCGUUCGACUCUCCGUCCGACACCUUGCUGCCGGGCAUGAAGUUGGGCAAGUACUCUUGGUCCAGAACCGUGUGGACACUGACAUCGUGGCGAUCGGCGGACGACCCAUCUCCGGGGGACUAUAGCCGGACCCUGGAGGGGGUCGGGAUGCCGGAGCUGGUGCUAUGGCAGGGCAACGCGAAGACGUACCGUACGGGCCCGUGGAACGGGCGGUGGUUCAACGGCGUCCCGGAGGCGACCACGUACUCAGACAUGUACCCGCUGCACGUGACCACCACCGCGACGGAGACAACCUACGGGUACACCGCCGUUCCCGGCGCACGGCUGACUCGCGUCGUGGUGAACCACACGGGCGUGGCGGAGCGGCUGGUGUGGGACUCGACCAACGGCGAGUGGACCUCCUUCUUCAAGAGGCCCAAGGGGGACUGCGACGACUACGCCAAGUGCGGCACGUUCGGCCUCUGCAACGACACCGCGGCGUCAUUCUGCGGCUGCGUCCCAGGGUUUAGCCCCGUGCUUCCGUCGGCCUGGCACUCCAAGGUGUACGCGGGCGGGUGCCGGCGAGACGCCGACCGGGACUGCGGCGGCGGCGGGACGACGACGGACCGCUUCAGGGUGAUCCCAGGGGUGAAGCUUCCCGACACACAGAAUGCGUCGGUGGAUACCGGUGUCACGCUGGAGGAGUGCAAGGCGAGGUGCUACGACAACUGCUCGUGCCUGGCCUACGCCGCCGCCUAUAUACAAGAAGGUGGCGAUGGUACCGGCUGUAUCAUCUGGGCGGAUACCAUCCUUGAUCUUCGUCUCGUUGACAGAGGGCAGAACCUCUACUUGAGGCUCUCAAAAUCAGAAUUUGAUGGCAGUAAAAGGUUUCCUGUUGUACUUGUCGUGGCACCCGUAGCUUUUGCUCUUACUGUUCUUCUGGUCGUCCUUUUGAUUUGGUGGAGAAUGAGACGCAGAAUCCUAGGUGCUAUUCCUCAAAAUCCAUCCAUUGCGGUUCAUUCAGUUAAUCUAGCAACUAUGAAGCAUGUCACUGAAAAUUUCUCCGAAAGUAAUAUUAUCGGUCAAGGUGGAUUCGGGGUGGUUUAUAAGGCGCAGCUGGCUGAAGGAAGAAUGAUCGCGGUCAAGAGGCUUAAACAAUCAGCUCUCACAAGGAAAGGAAAAAAAGAUUUCGCGAGAGAAGUGGAAGUGAUGGCCGGGCUCCGACAUGGGAGUCUUGUUCGUCUCCUUGCUUACUGCAACCAACGCAAGGAGCGGAUACUCGUCUACGAAUACAUGCAAAACAAGAGCCUGAACGUCUACAUAUUUGGAACAACUAGCCUCCGUGCUUCACUGAGCUGGGCAAGAAGACUGGAAGUAAUUCACGGAAUCGCACAUGGAGUAGCAUACCUUCAUGGAGGAUCUGGCGAGAGUGUAAUCCACAGGGAUCUCAAACCGGCAAACAUUCUUCUAGACGACGAAUGGAAGGCUAAGAUUGCAGACUUCGGCACUGCAAAGUUAUUUGCCAUUGAUGAAACAGGGCCUGAUCAAACAAUUGUAGUGUCACCGGGUUAUGCGGCUCCGGAGUAUGAACAGAAAGGAGAGAUGACACUGAAAUGUGAUGUCUAUAGCUUUGGAGUUAUUCUCUUGGAGACCCUGAGCGGGCAAAGGAACGGUGGAACUCAGAGGCUCAUUUUGCAUGUCUGGGGACUUUGGGAGCAAAACAAGGUCAUGGAACUUCUCGACAUAACAUUGCCCCUUCCUAAGUCUGAUCCUGAGCUCUUAUCCGAGCUGAAACGGUGCAUAGAGAUUGGGCUUCUAUGCGUCCAGGAAAUGCCCUGCGACAGGCCGACCAUGUCUGCAGUUGUUGCUAUGCUGACAAGCACAACUUCACACAUCGAUCGACCAAGAAGCCCGACAAUGGAUAUCACGGCCACGGCUUCGUCCCGGGAUGACGAGACUGACCUCUCGAUCCCUACAACGAUUGAUCUGACAUAA